ACGCUAUCUAACUUGGCAUUUGCGACUCUGCGUCGGGGGAAACAUAGCGGCACAUCGAUGGACAAAAAUUGCGAUACUGAAUACUCGCGGAUAUCAUUUGCGAGGAAUAACGACUAUGCAAAAUCUCGAAAAGACCUCGGGAUGUUUCUAAAGAUAUCACGGGCUCUUUGUAUGUAUGUCACUUUUUACUUUGGGCGAACUAAUACCAUUGGUAUUGAGAUUGAAGAGUGUACCUAA